AUUUAUACUUUCCCAGCUUUCAUAUUUUUUUCCCCCAAAUCUGUUGGCCCUAACCGCCAUUGAUUCAUAGGAUUCUCUCCGAAACCUCCGUCCUCUCCUGCAUUCAGAAAUUGCUUGAACGUUCCUGAACUGCUGAAAUUGCUUAUAGGUCAACGACAUGUCGUCUAAACAAGAAGCAGCUCAGGAUGCUGCUGAAAGAAUCAAGGCUGCAGCAUUAUCUGCUGCCAAGGGUCUUGGCCGGCCUCAGGCAGAGCGCGCAGCUGCAGCGGCUGCACGCAAUGUGAAUGCCUAUGGACAGAAGGAAGAAGGGCCAAGUAGAUGGCAGGAAAGGAAAGAAGCUAAAAGACAAAUGUACCUGAAUAGUACUGAGAAACAAGUAAUUUUGGGCGAAAGAAAGGCCGUUAAAGGUUCGCUGUCUGCUCCUGGUUCUGCUGCUCAAUGCCAGAAGUGUUUCCAAACUGGGCAUUGGACGUACGAAUGUAAAAAUGAACGGGUUUAUAUAUCACGCCCAUCUCGUACACAGCAGUUGAAGAACCCCAAGUUGAGGAUGAAGGUGUCGAUUUCCUAUGAUUUGGAUGAUAAGGAUGUUGAAAAGGAUGUGAAGAGGGUUAAGUCAUCCAAGAAGAAGAGUAAGAGAAAGCAUAAAUCGGAUACAGAAUCUGGGUCUGAUAGCGAGGCUUCAGUUUUUGAGUCUGACAGUGAGGCAUCAUCAGUCACGGGGUCCGACUACUCUUCUGCUGAGAGCGGAUCAAGUGAUAGUUCAUCUACGGAUUCAGAGGAAGAAAGGAGGAGAAAGAGGAAGAAGAAGAAGCAUCAGCAAAGGAAGAGAAGGCAUCACCGCAAGUAUAGUUCAUCGUCUGAGUCUGGAUCUGAUUCAUAUUCAGAUUCUGAAUCUGAUUCUGAAGAAAGAAGCAGCAGGAGAAAGGCUAAGAAGAGGCAAAGCAAGAGGCGAUGAGGUGGUGUUGCUAUGAUUGGGUUUCACUUUGAGGCUUGGCAAUAGUGAUUUGAUUUCUAUCCCCCUCUGUGGAACUUGACAGAAAUGCUAAGCACGAACAUCUGUGAGCUUUUUAUUUCGUAAUUCAGCUUUGUUUGUAUUGUGGAUGUAAGAUAAUCAAAUUAAUUCGGCUUUUGAAGUUUUAGAUUUUGGAGGCAAUACUUGGAUUUUGCUCAAUGUCUCCCGGUUGAAAUUCUUCUCUUUUGCCCAUAUGAGACACAGAGACAGCUUCCAGUUUGUGGUACUAAGUAGAUCAGAAAAUUGUUAUUACUGUGUCCUAAACCUUUUCCUUUUUUUUUUUUUACUAAUUGAGUUUAUUAAAUCAGACAAUUAAUUUGGAAUGGAAUGGUAUGGAAUUGGCUGUUUAAGCUUUUGACUUUCAGUGCCAUUCAAGGUUUGGUACACUUUUUGAUAGAUUGUAUAACUCCCAGCAAUUUCCAUUUCAGCCAAAAUCAAGGGCUGGCCUAAUAGAUGUCCACUAUAUU